CUUGACGUGAAAACGAGGAUUUCACUGGUUCUAAAUUGUGCAGAAAAACAAUACUUACCACGACAUGUUCUUGCUACAUCGAAGUAGUGUAUGCGUCUAUGCCUGGGUUCUCAUAAGCACUUUAGCAGAUACCUCGUAUAGAGAUGACGUACUGAGGAAGUACUUCAUGAACCUUGUUCCACCUAAAUUGUUUUUCAGUUUGCCAGAUCAUUAUUUCGCCCUCCGUAACCCUUUCGAUGUCAACGGUACUCUGUACAGAUUCAACCUAACAAAUGGAACACUUCGUAUGAAGACUCCAAAAUUGAAGAAAUUUGUUGGAACUGCCUGCAAAAUUGAGAGCUCACCGUACAAAACGGUGUCUUGCAUAUUUCCAAUUGUCGACUCGUUUGCAUCUUACAACGCUAUGCUGUCCUACGGGAGGAAUGUGGCUGAGACAUUCCGAGUGAAAGUCGUUGCCGAACAGUACGACAGUGGUGGCUGGAAAAAUCCUGCCGACAUAUCUGUUUACAUGGACGCCAAAGGUUCUCCAGGACAGACGCGUCUGGAAGUACUCAUUAUAUAUGUUACGGAAUACAUAGCGAAAACAACUACGUGGCCACCAUUUCACAAAUUCAAAGUAUUUCACGGCAACAAGACGAUCAUAAGAAAGGUGUGGCAUGACUUUUUUGACUAUGUAUUCAGAAGAUGCAAACAAGAUAUGCGAAAGGUAAUGAAGGACUCGUUCGCCAAGUGGGUGUCUUGGAACGCGGAGCGCACAAAACCAAUCAAUGAUUCUUUAUUCUGGAAGUGACAAGCAGGAAAUUCCGAGAACAAUAUUGAAACCAGACAUGAAAUGUUGAAUAAAGAGUACUAAAUUCUA